AUGACGCAAGACACGCUGCACGGCUUAACAUGGCCAGACAGGAACUAUCCAGGAAUGGCUAGACUACAAGAUGGCUGGAUGCAUGGAGGUGGGGUAAGUCAUAGCGCUGGUGGCCGGCAGCUUAUCGGCGAUACUAGAAAUGCACGGGCUAUCAGACCUACACCCCGCACCAAGCAGAAAGCUCUUGCAACAAACCAACUAACAGGAAUAUGUGGACUGGGCGAUGACAAAGUAAUUGUCAAUGUCGUUUCCAACAAAGUUGUCAGUGAGAAUAUCAUACAGCCGAGACUAAUUCAUUUUAAAGAAUUAAUUUGA